AUGGCAGGCACAUUCUCUGCUAAACAGCAUCUACAGGACAAUAAAACUCAUAUAUUAUUGGCUGCCUCUGGCUCGGUAGCAACAAUCAAGCUGCCCAAUAUUACCGAGGCUUUGAGCCGCUAUGGGAAUGUCUCGAUUCGGAUCAUAGUCACCGAGUCUGCAGAGAAGUUCCUCGCUGGCCAAAGCUCAGAGCAGCCAGUUCUCGACUGCCUAGAACAGAUCGACGGUGUCGAUGGUAUUUAUCGCGAUGAAGAUGAAUGGGCUACGCCAUGGAAACGGGAGGCUUCCAUUUUACAUAUUGAGCUACGGAAAUGGGCCCAUAUCUUACUAGUGGCGCCAUUAUCAGCCAACACUAUGGCGAAAAUGACCAUGGGAAUUGCAGAUAACCUCCUACUUUCCGUUAUCAGAGCCUGGGAUACGACGGGCCUGGUCGACGGAGACUUCAAGGGCCGGAAGCCCAUCAUCUUCGUGGCUCCGGCAAUGAACACCGCUAUGUGGAGGCAUCCGGUCACCGAGAAACAGUUGAAAGUCCUACAAGAAGAGUGGGGGCACACAGAUCUCAAUCCAGAAGGUUGGGUAACUGUCCUGUCCCCUAUAGUGAAGUCUCUCGCGUGCGGAGACGUUGGAACGGGCGCAAUGAUGGAUUGGAGGGACAUCGCCAGCAUCGUCCAGGAACACUUGGGCCUUUCGGUGACCGAGUCCUAA